ACAACAACAACAAUUUUCAACAACACCAUCAUUAAAAAUUAAUAAUAAUUCUAAUAAUGAUAAUAAUAGUUUAAAUCGUGAACAAUUUCGACAACAAUUACAACAAAGACAGCAACAAAUUCUUCAUGAUACUAGUAAUGUUGGAAAUGAUGAUAAUAAUUUGAUGACAACAUUUACAAAUAAUGAAAAUAUAAUAUUGAAUAAUAAUAAUAAUAAUAAUAAUCGUUCGGCAACACCUACAACAACAACAACGAUGAAACGUAAAAAUAGUAACUUCUAUGUUUAUACAACAAUGACACAAACUGGUGAAAAGAAGAUUAAGAAUCUGAUAUUAACACCGGAAAUACCAACGCAAAAAAUGAUUAUUAAUAAUCAAAAUAGUAAUGGUAAUUGUACGACGACGACAACAACAACAAAUGGAAAUACUAAUACAGCAUCUAUACAUCAUUUUGUAUUGACCAAAAAUAAUGAACUAAUACCUAAAGUUGCAUUUAUUAAUCAACAACAACAACAACAACAACAACAAUUCAAAGUUCCAAAACAAUUGGCAAUACCAAAUAUUAAUCAAACAGCGAUUAAUAUUGCGUCGAUAACAUCGCAACAAUCACAGCCACAAACAAAUGAAAUAAUAAUCAAAGAAAAUGUGUUCAAAAAACCACGAUCAUCUGAAUCGAUGGUUAAAAAUUUUUCAUCGAAUAGUGUUUUACUUAAUCUAUUGGUGAAAGGUUCUGAUCUAAAUAAUGGUUAUGAAUUAUCUUAUCCAAACAAUAAUAAUAAUGGAUCAUCAAAUUCAUCAUCACCAUUAUCAUCACCAUCUUCAUCAUCAUCAUCGUCAUCAUCAUCAUCAUUGUUCAAUAGCCCAAUAUCGAUUAAAUUAUCAUCAUCGGAUUUAAUACACUCAGCCAAUAGUAAUAAUAAUAAUAAUUGUCUUUUGGUUACAACAACUACUAGUAAUCAAAAUCAUCUUAAUCAUAUGGCAUUAUCAUCAACGGGAAUGGUAACGACGUCGGGUACAAUGAUUAAAAAUCAUCUAUAGAAUAUGCUCAAAUUUAAAUCUAAACAAUCAUUCAAUACACACAUACAUUCUUUAUAUAAAAAUUUUUCAUCAUAUUCAUUUUCAUUUUUGUUUGUUUGUUUUUUUUUCGGCAUGCAUAAUUCUUAUUUUCAUUUCCUAAUUUUU